GCGGCCGCCCGCCCUACACGCGGCCUGGCGUCUCCGCCAAUGGGAGGCGGCUGGCGCCAUGCUCCGCCCGCUGAUUGGCCGCGGCGAGCGGCGGUGGGCAGAGCGGCAUCCGGGGCGGCGGUGGCGGUCCGUCUGUCUGUCCGACUGUCGGUGCGGGGCGGCCAUGACGGCGCACAGCUUCGCGCUGCCGCUCGUCCUCUUCUCCGCCUUCUGGGGUCUCGUGGGCGUCGCCGCCCCCUGGUUCGUGCCCAAAGGGCCGAACCGCGGGGUGAUCAUCACGAUGCUGGUCACCACCGCCGUGUGCUGCUAUCUCUUCUGGCUCAUCGCCAUCCUGGCCCAGGCCAACCCCCUGUUCGGGCCACAGCUGAAGAACGAGACCAUCUGGUACGUACGCUUCCUCUGGGAGUGAGCAGUCCCCGGGAGCCGGCGCCUGAACAGAGACCCCUCACCACCAGAAUCGCCACCCUCCUGCUGCUGUUCCAGCCUCUACCUUCAAGUACCAGGCAGCCCCCAGAGGUGCUGGGACAGAGGCUGGACCCGCUGCCCCAGCGCACCCUGAGCACUGCAACCUUGACCGGCGAUGGCUGGGCCCCUGAGUGUGGCAGGCAGCACCCCUGCCUGGGACAAGGGCCUAGUAAGCAGGGCCCGGCAAGCAGCCACGCUGCCAAGGAAAGAUCCCCUCAGCUGGCCAAGUGUGGCAGUUAGUGACAUUGAACACUGUCCUGAGAGAGAUCUGUGUGUAGUGCCAGCAGCUCGUGUCCCUGCACUGCUUGCCCCGCUCCCUUCAGUGCACUCAGCCCUAGUCCCCGGUGAAACCCCUGCUUGUAGCCCACGCUGCCCAGCUAGUUACCAUAUCCCUGCUCGUUUCAGGUACUACAACGUCUUUGCAUGAGAAGGCAGGAGCCUGUAGCGUCCCCUGUUGUAUGGUCAGUCCCUUGCAGUGAGAGUGGUCCUUGCUAAAACAGAUUCUGGCUGUGGGAGUGAGAAGGGAGAGCUGACCAGGGAAGAGCAUGUGGACCCCCUUGGGUGUGAUGAGGGAGGUGCUGGGGCACAGGGCAGGGGUUCCUGCUGUUUGGCAGCCUGCUGGAGGAGAUUAAAGGGGUGCUGCGUCUCCUCCCACCUCAGCAGCGAGGGUGCUGCAGUAGUGUUUAGGUACCACACCCCUCCAACCUGUGUCCAGGUUCUGAGAAGAACAGAGUAGGGUGUUGUGUUUUAGGUUUCCCCUUAUUUAUCAGAUAAUUUAUCUGUGUUUAUUUAUUUGUCUGUGUUUGUUAAAUUUGUGUUGUGGAAAUAAAUCCUUUUUCUAAUAAGUGA